UCAUUUUCUUGGUUUUCCUUGACUGAAAAAACAAACAUAAACCCUAACUUUUUUCUUUUGUAAAAAUAAAUUAGAAGCUGAAUUGAGAGAAGAAAGAGCAGCAAUGUCAAGCAUUCCAGAAGAGAUGUACCAUGCAAUCCUUUUAAGGUUACCAGUGGAAUCAUUACUUGUAUGCAAGUCUGUCUGCAAGGAUUGGUAUGCUCUCUUCCUCUAAAUUUGUUAAUGCCCAUAUUAAUAUCCAUAAAAACAACCCUAUUCUCAUGCUUGAAGGUUCUUCUAGGUCUAGCAGCAAUCGUUUUACUUUACUCCAUAGGUUAUGAUUCAUUAGCUUCACCAUUUUGUGAAAUUAAUGAUGAUACUAUUGAAAUUGAUUACCCAUUCAAACAUUUAGAUUAUGAUGUUCGACUGCUGGGUACUUGUAAUGGUCUGGUUUGCAUCUGGUUGUAUGAUUAUGAAGGUGGUAGAGAUUUUCUUUGUCUUUGGAACCCAGCUACAACAGAAUAUAAGGAAAUACCAAAAUCACCAAAUGGAUUUGAUAGAUGUGAAGUUUGUUUAUGUGCUCUUGGGUAUGAUUGCAAGACUGAUGAUUAUAAGUUGGCAACGGGUAUAGAAGCUUAUGGAACCAAGGAUAGUUCUCUGGUCCAAGUCUAUACGUUAACAUCAAAUUCAUGGAGAAACGGGCAAAUUGUACCUUACAAGUUUCCUUAUAUGCAAAACUCUGGGGUGCUUGUUGAUGAAUACCUUCAUUGGUUAGCAAAAGCCCAAGGUAACAUUAUCUUACUCUCUUUGGAUAUGGGUGACGAGAGUUUCAAAGAAGUGCAACUGCCGAUGGACUCUUAUAAGCAUCCGCAUAUGAUUCUGGGAGAGUUGGAAGGGUGCCUUUGUAUCCUUGUCAGCUCAUAUGCUAAUGGCUUUAAGCUUCAUGUUGAGGUCUGGAAGAUGCUGGAUUAUGGGGUUGGAGAAUCUUGGGCUAGGUAUUAUGUCAUUUCCCAUGAGAGUAUUAUAGUGAAUCAGUUAUUUUUUGAGGCUCAUGGGGUCUUUCAAGAAUGGCGAGAUUCUGUUCUUGAGUUGCGGUAUGCUAGUAUCGUAUGACCCGAAAUAUGGAAGUGCUAGAGAAGAAGAAAUUGACAAUGUUCCAUUCUUAGACACCGGGAAUUAUAUUGAAAGCUUAGUUUCUCUCAACUCCGGUACUCAUGUUUGGGAAGACGACAUCUAAAGAAUCAAUGGAGACUUGAAGAGGCAGCUUGAGAAGAGAAACAGAAAUUGUAGUGUACUUCCUAUUCUCUUGAAGCUUCCUAUUCUGGAGGGCGGGCCUACUCCAGCCAUGAGAUUCCUAAAUGAUGUUUUGAAUCUUCACGAUCAAUUUGAUGGUGAAGGUUGGCUGAAUCAAUGCAGAAAGCAAAUUGUUGAUACCUUCCCAAGAGAGGAUCCGUUCAGUUUACUUGUUCCAUCAGAGUUUGACAUAAGCAUGGUCCAUCCAGACUGCCAUCGGGAAAUUUUGAUGACCGUUCAGUGAGGAUAGACUGUCAGAGAGGUUACAAAAAGUGCACUCUGAACAGGAUGAAGUAGAUACUGCAGAAGAAUUCGAUGCGGAAUCCAUUGCAAGAAGAUUGAGGUAGAAUGAGAAACAGACGACUAUAAACAAAUAGCAUCCCUACUAGAUCGAGCAGCAUCUUUGAAAUGGUAGUAGAUCGACGACCCCGAGGAACCGUAAUUUGAUUACUGACUGAGGUCAGGGAGCUAUGUGGAUUCGAGAUGCCACCACUUGCCAGCAGUAAUACAAAUCUGGAAUGAACUGCUGGCCUCAAACAGUGCCUUGUCAGGUAUUCUAAUCGGUAGCAUAGGAAUUCAGAGAUUUUUUAAGAACAAAACGAAAUUUACUUAUCAAUCAUCAUGUAUUGGUCCAUGUUGUUCACUUUUCUCAAGGAUAAAAGAAAUGUUCCCAUUUACACUUUGCUGCAUCUGUUCUAUGUUUUGCCUCACUGUUUUAAAAGAAUUACACGCCUGCAUUGUUUUUAUAAAUAUACGAUCCACAUCAAUAUUAUUGGGUGUCAGCUGAUACUGUGAACCAUGAAUAGAAUACACGAUCUGGAUAGUACAGAGGAGCUACAAGGGACCCAAGUUAUGCCCAACCAACAUUAAUCAGCUCUGAUUUAGACGAUGCUGGUCCUGUCCAACCCAACCUGUUAUAAGAAUGUUUGACUGCAUGCUAGCGAACGCCAAAAUCAGGUGGAAAAAU